AUGCAGGAGUGGGCGGCACAGAGGGUGUGCGCGUGGCUCUUGCUGGUGUUGUUGACCCUUCUGUCUCUCUGGGGUCAUCUCUCUGAUGCCUCGUCUCACCGCAGUCACAUCGUGCACGUGAAGGCUGGCACAUGUGAGGUGAUUGCAGCCCACCGCUGCUGUAACAGAAAUAAGAUUGAAGAGCGAUCACAGACGGUUAAGUGUUCCUGCUUCCCAGGACAAGUCGCUGGAACAACAAGGGCUGCACCCUCCUGUGUGGAUGCAUCUAUAGUAGCUCAGAAGUGGUGGUGUCAGAUGCAGCCGUGUGUGGAUGGUGAGGAGUGUAAAGUCCUGCCCGACCUUACAGGCUGGAGCUGCAGCACAGGAAACAAGGUGAAGACCACCAAGGUGACCCGAUAGUUCUACACUCCAAGCGGACACAACUCACUGCGGACAAAAGUGCUGAAAGUGAAGACUAACUAGAGACAGCAUUCAGCUUCAGCUAACAGGACCGAUCAGUAUUAGUCAAAGAUUAUUUGCAAUCAGAAUAUCUGAGGAGCAGACUGAUCUCCAGAAAUAUAUCCACCAUAAACAUUAGGACCGUCCUGGAGUUUGAUGUGUCCUCCUCAAUGGACCCCCUGGCCUUCCGGACGCUCGAUCUUCUGGGUGUGGAUCCAUAACCUCUGGAAUGUGUUCGCUGGGGGUCUCAAUGUACGUAUGCAGUUGUUGUAGUUGUUUUUUUUUUUACAGAAGUUUGGAUCAUCUAGACCAGUGCAGCGCAAUGGAGUUUAAGCUUUCCAUCAACAUGCUCUCCUUCCUUGCCCUUCAGUUCUUCCGACAAUUCCAUAAUCAUUCCUGCUCUACCUGAUAAGAAAGCCUGAUGAUUUCUUUGGAAUCCUUUAAACAGCAUUUAAACAUGUAAAAUCAAUCUGGACUUUUAAUGGACUCGUCUUCUGUAUAUUGUUUGUUUCUAAAUUAAAGCUUUUCAAACCCACAGUCUGAAAUAAAAGAAUAAAUGUACCAGUAUAUUCAAGAAAAUGUUUAAGUGUAAAAGAUAAAAGUGUUAUUUCUGAAAACAAGAAGAAUCAAGUUUAAAGGUUAUCAGUUUUAUUAUCAAGGUUUUUUUUUUUUUUCUUCUUUUCUUUCUUAUCCAGCCUGGUAACUUCUAUUGAGUACAUG